CUGGACCCCAGCGAGGUGAGGGGGGUCUGGGCCCGGCAGCGCCCCGGGCGGGGGGACGCUGGCUGCGUCCCCUCGCAGGCAGCGAUGUCGGAGAGCGCGGCCGAGGCGCAGGGGGACGAGAGCCCGGCGGCACGCGGCGAGACGGGGACCAGCCAUGAGCUCCUGCAGCGGCUCCGGGAGCUGGAGGCGGAGAACUCGGCCUUGGCCCAGGCCAACGAGAACCAGCGGGAGACCUACGAGCGCUGCCUGGAUGAGGUCGCCAACCACGUGGUGCAGGCGCUGCUCAACCAGAAGGACCUGCGUGAGGAGUGCAUCAAGCUGAAGAAGCGCGUCUUCGACCUGGAGCGCCAGAACCAGGCGCUGAGCGACCUCUUCCAGCAAAAGCUGCAGCUCUCGGCCGGAUCCCUGCCCCAGCUGCCGCUGCACCCGGUGCCGGUGUCCCUGGAUGCUCCGGGCAGCCCCCAGCUGGGCUCCACCGAGCAGCCCCCCGCCUUGCUGCCCCCGGGCUGCUGUGCCCCCCCAGCAGAGGCCACCCCGGUGGGACCCUCGGGCAGCCCCGUGCUCAGCCCUGGCGCCCCCUCCCUGGACGCCCUCUCCCCCUUCUUCAAGAAGAAAGCGCAGAUCCUGGAGGUGCUGCGCAAGCUGGAGGAGACGGACCCGCUGCUGGGACCCCCCUCGGGUCCCCCCCACGCCCAGGGCCCCCCCGACUCCCCCUGCUCCCCCGAACCCCGGGCUGGGGCUGAUGCACGGGGCUGGGCCCCCUGCCCGCUGCGGGGCCUGGGGGCAGCUGCGGGGUGGCGGGGGGCCGAGGGCAGCCCCUGUUCGUCGCCGGAGGAGGCCGCCCCGCCGCGGGGGGCUCUGCUCAGCGCCUUGGCCGAGCGGCUGCUGCGGGGGGGGGACGGGGGGUGCUGCCGCCUCAACGGCGAAGCUCCGGGCCCCCCCCGGCAGCGUGGCGGCGGCCCCGAGCACCCCGCUUUCCUGGGGCUGUACGCGCCGUGUGAGGAGAGCCCCGAGGGCGGUUUCGCCUCGCUUUCCCCCCGCCUGGGGCUGCCUUCGCCCGGCGGGGGGGCUCCCCCCUUGCCCUCCCCUUCCAAGGUGCUCAAGGCGCUGAAGCUGCCGCCCCCCCCCGGGGCGCUGCGCCUCAGCCCCCAGCUCGCCCGCGCCUCCAAGAUCCCCUGCCGCAGCGGCAACCCCGAGGCCUCGCCGGUGCUCAGCCGCCGCGCGUCCCCCGACGCCCCCCCAGAGCCGGGCUCCCCCGAGCCCCCGGGUUUCCCCCUGCCUCACGCUUACGAGGCAGCCGAGCAGCCCCUGGGGCCGCUGCCGGCGGGACCCCCCGCCGGUGGGGAGCGGGCAGCCGCGUCCCCUCCGAGCCCCCGCCGUGGUGCCGGGGGCUCGGCCCCCUCCCGCCGCCCUGCCAAGAAGCCCCCCGAGCCGGGCUACCUGCCCUUCAAGGAGCGCCUGGCUGCCCUGGGCAAGCUGCGGGGCACUGACGGCCGGGACCCCCCCCCGGGUCCUGGGCGGCCGGAGAGGGGCCACGGUGCUGAGCCGCGGCCCCCGGCCCGGGGGUGUCUGGGGGGCAGCCUGAAGCACCCUGAGCCGGCGCACGGCGCGGAGCCCCUGGCGCGGUGCUACUCCUCCGGCUCCAUGGGUGAGCACGGCAAAGUGGGGGGCAAGGGGCGCCCCCCCGGUGGCAGGACCCCGCCGCGCGCCCCCCCGCCGCCUCCAGCCAAGGCUGCCCGCAGCCCCCACGGCAGCCCCACCAAGCUGCCCACCAAGGCGGCCAGCAAAACCGGGGCGCCCCGGGGCGAGGAGCCCAAGGCGGCUCCGGCGGCGGCGGCGGGGGCCGCCAAGGCAGCCGGGGGUCCCCGCAAGGCACCGCCUGGCCCCGAAGCCCACGGUGCGGGGUCCGCGGCGGGCGCUGCCGGGCAUUCGGCCAUCGAGGAGAAGGUGAUGAAGGGCAUCGAGGAGAACGUGCUGCGGCUGCAGGGCCAGGAGCGGGCACCGGCGGCGGAGGUCAAGGUGAAGCCGGCCGGAGGCUUGGCCAGUUGGUUCGGGCUGCGGCGCAGCAAGCUGCCGGCGCUCAGCCGCCGCGCCGAGGGCGCUCGGGGUCGGGAAUGGUCCGGGGCACCGGCACCCCUGCGCCGCGAGGUGAAGCUGGCAGCCCGCAAACUGGAGGCCGAGAGCCUCAACAUCUCCAAGCUGAUGGAGAAGGCGGAGGACCUGCGCAAGGCGCUGCAGGAGGAGCAGGCCUUCCUCCACGGGCUGGCGUUGGACAAAGGACGGCCCCGAGCCCGCGGUCCCGGUCCUGAGCGCAGCCCAGGGCAGCUCCAGGUGAUGUACCAGGAGGUGACGGCCGAGAACUUCAUGCAGCAGCUGCUCAACAGGGUGGACGGGAAGGACGUGUCCUACGAGAGCCGCCUGGAGCACAAGCGGGACCUGUGUGACUUCCAGCGGGUCUCCCCCGACGCCAAAGACCCCCGGCUCUGCCGGCCGCCCCGGAACGGGAUCGUGGGCCACCUGCGGGGCUGCCAGGAGCCCCCUGACAAGGUGCCCGACGUGGGGCUCCGGGACGAGCUGCCGUCGGACGAGAGCCUGUCGGAAUCGGGGACGGGGCAGCACUUCGCAGGUGAGUGGCUGUCCUGG